CUCCCUCAAUUUGAACCAGCACACCAGAAACUGGAAGCUACCACACCAUUACUCUAAUGCCUCCAAGAAAGAAACCCCUUUCUUCUUCCACGACGUCUGCUAAGAAAUCCAACUUGAAAGUUCAGCCUCAGCCGUCCAAGUUCGGCAUCCAGCAUUUCUUCGAGCGCCACACCCAGAACUCUCAGAACCCCAAAAUCGCCUUAGUUUCUGCUCCUCAGCAGAACCCUAAACCCGCCGCUCGCGCCUCUUCCACCGUUGCUCCGGCACAAUCGGUUCCGGAGAUCCAAAACCCUGCGCAGAUUGAUACGAGUAAUGCGGUUUUGGCUUCGGGAAGUCAUGAGAUUCGGUCGAAUUUGCUGUCAAGUAGUAACAACAGUAUGUCGCAGAAUACGCCUCCAGAGAAUUUGAGGGCGGUCGGAGUUGUUGGUGAGGAGGAGAAUAUGGAAGAUGAGGCCUCGCCGGAGAUUUCAAAGUCCAAGUCUUUUAAGCGCUUCAAGUUCUCGCCAGGAAUGUUGAUAAAGCAGAGCCAGGAUGAUGGAGGUGAUGAGGUGACAUGGAGGAUAUCUCCGGUAAAUGAAAGACUCCAAGCUGUUUCAAAGCGCAUGCCGGAGAUUAUUAGAGUGCUGGCGGACUCUUCAAGGCUUAAAUCUUUAACCAUUAACCAAUGCUCGCAAAAUAAGACUUCUCCGGUUAAAGCUGGAAAGGUUGAGAAGUGGCUUCCUUCAAAGACACUGAAUACUUCUGAAAGAUCUUUGGUAUCCCUGAAUAAGGUUGGCGUAAAGAGGGUUAACCCAGAUCAGGAUAUGGAUAGUAACGGAAAUGUGAGCGAUAUGACUAUCUCUGGAAGAGCUAGUAGGCAGAGUCCAUUCCGAACACCACCUUCUCUAUCGUACUGCCAUGAUAAGCUUACGAAUGGUGUUGCAUGUAAUGAAGGUUCUGAUCAGCCGGGGUUUAGGCAGCAUAAAAAGGCAUUGCUUGAACUGUUAGAUCAAGUGGAAGAUGUUAUUUCUGUCGAAGAUUCAGUAUCUAAUAAUGUGGAGGAAUCUCCAUUUCAUGUUAAAGAUAGAAAAGGUGAUGAUAUGCAUGUCAAAUUGCAUCGGAAAUCUUCCUAUUGUAAUUUCCUUGUAUUGGAGGUAUCUGACUGUGGACUUGCUGACUCAUCUGAUGCUCAUAAGGUUCUUCGGUUACUGGAUGAGCAAUGUGGAGAGGAGCAUGCUGUCUAUUUACAGGAUGAGUGGUUUUACAGUGUCAUUGCACCUGGAGAUACUGUCAAUGUUAUUGGUGAAUUUGAUGACAAAGGACAGUGUCAUGUGGAUCAUCACCAUAAUUUUAUAAUUGUUCAUCCAGAUGUGCUAGUGGCUGGAACUAGGGUUGCAGCUAGCUUCAGUUGCCCGAGGCGAACUGUCCUGGAUGAGAGGCUAAAAGGCAAUGAGCAUUCAAGUGCAGCACUAAGUGGUACAAUAUUGCACCAAGUUUUUCAGGCUGCGCUUGUGGAGGAGACACCUACAAUAAAUUUCUUGGAGGAACACACAAGAUUUGUGCUCCAGAAAAACAUUGAGAACUUGUAUGCUUGUGGAGUGAACGAAAAGGGCAUGUACAAAACGUUGAUUGAGGCUGUCCCAAGAAUAUUGAAAUGGGUUAACCUAUUCAAAAACACCCAGAAUUCAGAAGUUCCUUCUGUUGAUUUUGGAUCUGACAAUGGGAUAAAAAAGGUCAAAUUAUCUGAGGUAAUUGAUAUUGAGGAGAUGGCCUGGGCUCCGAAAUAUGGUCUGAAAGGCAUGAUUGAUGCUUCUGUCAGAGUGAAAGUUGAAUCUAACAAAAAUGAAUCUCAUGAGAUGGUUAUGCCUUUAGAGUUCAAAAGUGGGAAAAUACCUAAUGGCCAGUCAUCCAUGGAGCAUACUGCGCAAGUGACAUUGUACACUCUUCUUAUGUCGGACAGGUACCAGAAGCAUAUUGAUACUGGUCUUCUAUGUUAUCUCCAGUCAGAUCAGACACAGGGAGUUGCGGUUAGAAGAUCUGACUUGGUCGGGAUAAUCAUGCGACGUAAUGAACUUGCAAAUGAUAUCCUCAAGGCAUCACGAACACAAGUACUUCCCCCAAUGCUAAAGAGUCAGAGCAUGUGCAGAGGUUGUCGCCAUCUAAAUGUUUGUACCAUCUAUCACAAGGCACAUGGAGGAAGCUCAGGGAGCAGUGGAUUGGGAGACUUAUUUGAUUCAAAUACUCAUCACCUAACAAAUGCUCAUGCUGCUUUCCUAAGGCUGUGGGAUUGGUUGAUUGAUUUGGAAGCUAAAGAGAUGCAGCUUGUAAAGAAUGAAAUAUGGCGGUCACAUAAUUUGAAGAGUGAUUAUGCCGCGGGUUGCCUUUCUUUUGUUGUUCUUGAUUGGAAGCUUCCAUAUUCGAAGUCUGAAAAAGAUAACAGAUUCGUGUAUCAUUUUCUGCGUAAUGGUUUGCCUUCUCUCAGCGAGAGGACAUCUAAGGGAGAUUUUUUGAAUGCUACUUCAUCUCCAACAAAAGAGGUGGAUUGCGCACUAAGAUGUGGUGACUUUGUGAUACUUAGCAGUGAAUCUAGUCAUCUACCUGUUGCAAGUGGGAUUAUAACGGAUAUAAGUCACUCCCAUGUAUCUGUUUCUUUCUCUAAGCUCUUACGACUUCCUGGGAGCAGUAGUUCUUCAGAGGCAAGUCAUCUCCUUCAGGAGAUCUGGCGGGUUGACAAAGAUGAAUUCAUGACAUCAUUUUCAGUAAUGAGGUUGAACCUUGUUCAACUUUUUCUUCAAAGUGCACAAGCUGCUCACGUGAGAAAAAUGAUUGUUGACUUAGAGGCUCCUAGAUUUGACAAGGGACGUAUAUUGAGCCAGGAUCCAGCAAUAUCUUAUGUCUUGUCCCAGAGAAAUUUAAAUGUUGAUCAGCGGCAAGCCAUUCUUAAGAUACUUGCAGCAAAGGAUUAUGCACUUAUACUAGGAAUGCCUGGAACAGGCAAGACAUCUACGAUGGUGCAUGCUGUGAAAGCCUUGUUGAUUAGAGGUGCAUCCAUUUUGCUUACGUCCUACACAAACUCUGCUGUUGAUAAUCUACUUGUCAAAUUAAAGGCUCAGAAUAUAGAUUUUUUACGCAUUGGAAGACAUGAAGCUGUGCGUGAGGAAGUUCGAGGGCAUUGCUUUUCAGAAAUGAACAUACAAAGUGUGGAAGACAUUAAAUUAAGACUAGACCAAGUCAAGGUGGUAGCUGUUACAUGCUUGGGGAUCACCAGUCCCUUGCUUGCCAAUAAGAGAUUUGAUGUAUGCAUCAUGGAUGAAGCUGGACAAACCACCCUUCCAGUAUCUCUUGGGCCUUUGAUGUUUGCAUCAAAGUUUGUUCUGGUUGGCGAUCAUUAUCAAUUACCUCCUCUGGUCAAGAGUACAGAGGCUCGAGAAAAUGGAAUGGGGGUAAGCUUGUUUUGCAGGCUCUCAGAAGCGCAUCCUCAGGCAAUCUCAGCCUUGCAAAGCCAGUACCGUAUGUGUCAAGGCAUUAUGGAACUGUCAAAUGCCUUGAUAUAUGGCGAUAGAUUGCGCUGUGGCUCUCCUGAAAUAGCUAAUGCCAAACUCAACUUUUCAAGUUCAAAGUCUCGUUCGUCGUGGAUACAGGAGGUGUUAAAUCCAACCAAACCAGUUAUAUUUAUUAAUACAGAUGCUUUACCUGCUUUUGAGGCAAAGGAUCACAAGAUUGUGAAUAACCCGAUGGAAGCUCACAUAAUUGUACAGGUUGUGGAGGAACUAGUUAACAGUGGAAUUAAGGAGGAAGAUAUUGGCGUCAUCACCCCAUAUAACUCUCAGGCAGAGAUUAUCCGGCUUUCCAUAAAUCAUACCUCUGUGGAGAUACAUACCAUUGACAAAUACCAGGGAAGAGAUAAGGAUUGCAUACUAGUGUCUUUUGUUAGGUCAACGGAAAAUCCAAGGAAUUGCUCUUCUUCACUGCUUGGAGACUGGCAUAGGAUUAAUGUGGCUCUUACUCGUGCCAAGAAAAAGUUAAUAAUGGUUGGAUCAUGCAAAACCCUAUCAAAGGUUCUGCUAAUGAAGCUUCUUAUUGAGAAAGUUGACCAACAAUCCGGCAUCCUAAAUGUAUCCAAGAAGGAUAUCAACUUUAAAGGAGACCUAAGGAGAUGCUCUCAGGCCAGAUGAAUGUAAAUUUUCGAUCUUGUCCAGUUUUUGUUAGUGUACAUAUGUUGGUUAUUUCUGCAGAAUAUUUGAAAAAUGUAUAGAAAGAACACUCUCUCUC